GAGAGAGAGAGAGAGAAAGAAUUGCACGCCUCCGCUCACAUGCAGCUCGCCCGGAGUUUCAUGUUGAGUCGUGUUUGCUUCUUCCAGUGAAGAGUUCAUGCUACAGCAGAAGCUGCACUGACACAAAACUAGAAACGGACUGAAGUGAUGGAGCCAAACCAAGCACACUCAACAAUCAGCCUUUAAAACACGAAUGACACCCAUGAUUUCUGGUAUGAUGAGCUGAACUCGACAGCGUCUCUUCACUGAGGACGACUUCGAGGAAGAAGACGUUUGCUGGUGAACAAUGAAGAUGACCUCCUGCGCAGAGAGCAUCAACAUGUCCACGUUUGCUUUCACGAGCAUCUACAAGUGCUAUCACUGCAAUAAUGUCCUCCGGUGGCACUAUAACUACACCGGCAAACUGAAUGGCAGAGGUGGACUGAAACCCGAAUCCAUCGCCGGUCUGUUCAUCUGCUUCCUCAUCAUCGUGCAGAACUUGAUCGUCCUCAUGGCCAUCCGCAAGAACAAGAAGUUCCACAUGCCCAUGUACUAUCUGCUGGGGAACCUGACGCUGUCGGACCUGCUGGCCGGAUUCACCUACAUGCUGAACAUCAUUCUGUCGGGUGCGAACACGCUGAAGCUGACGCCGCUGCAGUGGUUUGUGAGGGAGGGUGGUGUCUUCAUCACGCUCUCGGCGUCCGUCGUCAGUCUGCUGGCCAUCGCCAUCGAGCGCUACUUCACCAUGCGCAACACCAAGCCCUACCCACGCGCCAAACGCAACCGCAUGUUCACUCUGAUCGCCGCCAGCUGGGCUCUGUCGCUGUUGCUAGGCGCUCUGCCUAUUAUGGGAUGGAACUGUCUGUAUAAUCUAGAGUGGUGCUCCACCGUCCUGCCGCUCUACGCCAAGAGCUACAUCUUCUUCUGCGUGUUUGUGUUCCUGUCCAUCCUGCUGGCCAUCGUCCUUCUGUACGGACGCAUCUUUCACUUCGUCAAGUCCAACACACAGAACCCGACCUGCGUUCAGCGCAAACCCUACGGCCAUCGCUCGCUGAAGUACAUGGCUCUGCUGAAGACCGUCACCAUCGUGGUGGGAGUGUUCAUCCUGUGCUGGAUGCCGCUGUUCGUGCUCCUGCUGAUGGACUUCGUGUGUCCCGUGAAGGAGUGUCCUGUUCUCUUCAAGGCUGAUUACUUCCUGGGCAUGGCCAUGUUAAAUUCUCUCAUUAACCCCAUCAUUUACACGCUGACGAGCAGAGACAUACGGAGGGCUAUUCUGAAGCUGCUCUGCCGCAGAUGCCUGAUUACCAAAGACGGCCGCGUGAGGAACAUCGGCAUCCACAUCAGCUUCACCAAGACAGACCUGAACCGCCAGGGACUGGAGACGACCAUCUCAUCCGGGAACGCAACCACCUUACCUGUUAAAUCCAUCUACCCCAAACUCAAGCUGUCCGUCAUCGCGUAAGCGCUCAACACGAGGACAUGGAAACCCCCGAGCACAUUUCAGGCUCUGGACUGAACCUAAUUAAAGGCUCGCCCCGGUCACAAACCCUCACGCAGCCUUUAUGGCUAUAUGGACCUGAAAUUUAGCUGUUUUGAGCAGAAAGAGGAGGUGUUUUUCAGCAUUUCAACAUUCAAUCCUUUACAUGAGUUAGUCGAAGUUACAUUUGCACAAAUACUCAGAACGACAAAGACUCAGAUAUCAGUUCAUCAGCCAGUAUCAGACUCAGAUCUGACUGAAUGCAAAGACUUCAAACAGACACGCAGUCUGCUGCACUGAACUACAGACAGACCUUAUAUAUAAUAAUAUACUGCAUAUCAAUCAUUUCUGAUACUGCAUGAUACACAAACCCUUCACAGAUAAAAGCAAUAUGAGGGAGCAUCACUGUAAAUAUUCCACUCUCGUGCUCUUAUUGAAUGUGAAACCAUGAGCAUCUCUUCACACAAAAGCAUAUUUAAGCAUAUUUGUUUGUACAGUUUUUUUAUACAUUGUAAAUAUUAGACAUGCUGUUUUAGAUGCUUCUGUAAAGCCUGAUUUAUAUUAAAUUAUGUUCUUUUUUAUUUGAUAUUAAAUAUUUUUGAAGAUAACUGAGAUGCAGUGUAGCCUGUACAUACAUUUCACAUAAAGUCCCAAUAUUGUGAAGUUUGAUUAUGAGGCCGAUAGAAAAAACGAACUAUAUAUAUAUAAAAUAUCAUUAGUUCACUUUCAUGAUAAUAAAAUAUUGUGAAAAAAAAAUUCUUUUAAGAACUGAUCAUAGCAUAGUUCUUUGGAGGGAAGCAAAAAUGCCCCGAUUUCUGAUGAUUUGUGGCCAUCAGUGUGAAAAGCCUAACAUAAAACCAUGUUCUUCAUUGACUUUAUCUAUUUAAAUGAUUAGUUUUGUGUUAUUUAUAGUCUCGGACUGAAGAUGCUUAAAGGUCACUCUUCGGUUGAACGCUGUACACAGAUGUUUUAUGGUGAUUUCUGUGUGAAGCGUGUCCAGCGAGCUGGCAGUGAUGCAUGUCAAGGCCAUGGUUCACAUCUGUGGGAGUUUGCAGAGGGGAAACACAAUUCAGCUUUCAGUUUUCCCCUGUUUACCGUAAACACACUACCACCAUGUGACCACACACACACCAAGCUUCUGAGAGCUGUACACACUGAAACCACAUUACUUGAGCUCCGCUCUAAAGCCAUGGCCAUGAGACAGACGUGUGUAUCACAAACACACACAUACACACACACACACACACACUUGUUUUUGUGAAAAGUGGGUUCAUCCCUGUAACAGAGACAGUGGUGUUCAAGCAGUAGCAGCACCUCUACUCUGGAUGUACUGGCCCUUGGAGGCGUGAAAAAAUGAAGUGACGUGCUGAUGAAGUCAAAAAGUUGGUGUUUAUUCCAAAAUGUGAAAACUAAGAUUUUCCAAUAGAAUGCAAAUGAUAUUUACAGUGUAACUCCAAAAGUAUCAAAAGAAACGAAAAUAGAAAAAAAAACUGUACAGAAUUUAAAUGUACAAACAAAACUUUUGGCUAUGUCAAUAAUUUGACCCAAAAAUCAAGCAAGCAACUUCACCAACUCACUCUACGAGCCCUUUUACAAAACUGAAAGAAACUCUUAAAAAGUAUAAGCCCCUGCCACUUGGACUAAACCAUUAAAUAAUUGAUGGUAACAAAUCAGUUCUAGAAAGACAAAACAAAUAAAUAGCGAUUUAACCGUAACAAAGGCAUAACUAUUAGAACCACAAAAAUAUACAACCAUUUCAAACAACACAAACAAAAUUAAUUAUUACCGUUUACCAAAGAAUCAAACAAACACCAAUCUCCCCCUCCGGCAUGAGAGCAAUUAAGUGUGCCUUCUAUUGGCGGGAAACAGGUAUUUAAAAAUGGUGUCAAUGUGGUGCCCAGGUUUCUUCUGAUUGUCAUGAGGAAAUGUUCCAGAAUGUAAGUAUGACUGUUUAUUUUAUGUAUGUGGAUAAUUGAAAACAAUAAACAUUUAACAUGG